GGGGGGGUCUGUGGGGCCGCAGCGCUAGGUCCCAGCCAGGCAGCCAGCGGGGCAGAGGUGGGCGAUCGCUGGUUACAGGGGUAGGCGUGUGGGGGGCUGGAUGGACGGGUGGCCUGUUAGACAGACAGACUCCGAGUGAGCCUCCUCUCGGCUUCCCCCCCCACGGUGUCGUUCCCCUCCGCUGCCCCCCUCUCUCCCCCCUCCCCGCCCCGGGCGCCGUCCCCAUGUCAGGGCGCACGGUGCGGGCCGAGACCCGCAGCCGGGCCAAGGAUGACAUCAAGAAGGUGAUGGCGGCCAUCGAGAAAGUGCGCAGAUGGGAGAAGCGCUGGGUGACCGUGGGCGACACGUCUCUGAGGAUCUACAAGUGGGUGCCCAUUGUGGACCCCCGGGAUGAGGAGAAGCGGCGACUGGCUAGCAGUGGGGAGCGGCACAAGGGCCGGGAGAGGAGGGGGCGCGUGCCCAGCCCCCGGGCCAACCCCGCCCUCCUCAUGCUGGACCUGAACGAUGAGAACAGCAACCAGAGCUCAUUGUCUGAGACCUCCCUGGCCAAGGGGGGAGACACCAGCUCCAGCCCCACCCCCGACCGCAGCCAGACGGCGACCCCCACCCCGCUGGGGGAACUGAAAGCAGAGGACUCGCAGCCCCCCAUGCUGGGGCAGGAAGGGGACUCUGGGGUGUUGCUACUUGAGGGGACGGAUGAGCCCCCCAUGCUGACCAAGGAGGACCCUGUUCCAGGCCUACUGGAGUCACAGGGCCAAGAGGAUGCACCCCCCUUUGAGACGGCCCCAACCUUCCCGCAGCCGGUGCUGGAAGAAGAGGAUGAUGAGUCCAUGGGGGCACCUCCCCUGAAGCGCAUCUGCCCCGAGGAGCAGGAAGUGGGUGCCCCCCACUCCCCAUAGACCUAGCCUCGUCCCUGCCUUCUUCCCGGCUGGAGAGCAUGGGGGGCAGAGGGGGAGCGGGGCAGGAAGUGAAUCAUGCUUGCCAAAUGCAAAAGGACCAAAGACACUUUGAAGAGGAUGUUGAAGAGGGUGUUGGUGUUGGGUCAGGACUCCUGGGAGGGGAGUGGGAGCAGGUGGGUUAGAGCAGGGGCGGACGCGGGGCUGGGAGCCAGGGCUCCUGGGUUCUGUCCCUUGCUCUGAGAAGGGAGUGGGAGGAGAUGGGACGUGGCUAGGGAAAGAUGGGCAGCAUCCCCUGAUGCCAGACUUUGAGGAGGCCUGGGUGAAUUUUACAUUCUCUGUGUAUAUACGUAUUUUUUUGGUCUGAACAAUAGACUUUGCUAUUAAACUGCUAAUGUGGU